AUGGGUUUGAAGGUAGGAAGGUCACCACCUUACAAGGGCGCUAGAUGGGUCUCUCUGCUCUGCAUUGCGAGCUUCUGCUUAGGUGUUUUUGUUGUCAACAGGUUAUUGACAGUGCCUGGUUCUGUUAGAACAGUGAACGAUGCUAUAUCUGUGGAACAUAUGUCACAGGAACUUCAUCCUGUUCUUGAGUGCGAGAAAAAGGAUACUUCUCUGGUAGCAGAAGAUAUUCUCUUCAAUGUUUCUAAAACACACGAUGUAAUCAUGGAAUUGGACAAAACCAUAUCUUCUCUGGAAAUGAAGCUCGCUGCUGCUAGAGCACAAAAUGAAGAAAUAGCUGCUGUUGGUAGGAAACCAGUAAUUGAGCCUUUGAAUAACCGCCCUAAGGUUUUCUAUGUAAUGGGAAUCAUUACUGCUUUCAGCAGCAGAAAACGCAGGGAUUCAAUUAGGGAAACUUGGAUGCCUCAAGGGGAGGAUCUAAGAAAGUUGGAAAACGAGAAGGGCAUUAUCAUACGGUUUGUAAUAGGACACAGUGCAACCCCAGGUGGAGUCUUGGAUCAUGCUAUAGAUGCUGAGGAUGCACAACAUAAUGAUUUCUUACGACUGAAUCAUGUGGAGGGAUAUCAUGAGCUGUCCUCUAAGACUCAAAUAUACUUUUCAACUGCAGCAGCAAAAUGGGAUGCUGACUUCUUUAUUAAAGUUGACGAUGAUGUGCAUGUCAAUCUGGGUGUUGUAGGUUCAUUGUUAGACCGUCAUCGAUCUAAACCUUGUGUGUACGUGGGUUGCAUGAAAUCUGGACCCGUUCUCUCACAGAAAGGAGUGAAGUACCAUGAACCCGAAUACUGGAAAUUUGGUGAGGAGGGAAAUAAGUAUUUUAGGCAUGCAACUGGACAAAUAUAUGCAAUCUCCAAGGAUUUGGCUACCUACAUAUCGAUCAAUGGACACAUUCUACAUAGGUAUGCAAAUGAAGAUGUUUCUCUUGGUUCUUGGUUUAUUGGGCUUGAUGUUGAACAUAUUGAUGAACGGAGUUUGUGCUGUGGAACACCCCCAGAUUGCGAGUGGAAGGCCCAAGCUGGGAACAUUUGUGCUGCAUCGUUCGAUUGGAGCUGUAGUGGAAUUUGUAAAUCAGUGGAAAGGAUGGAAGAGGUCCACCAGCGAUGUGGAGAGGGAAAUGGAGCAAUAUGGCAUACUAGUUUCUGA